UUUUUCGUCAAGGUUUUCACCCCGUGUGAAUUCUUGACAGACUCCGUUUUCUCCCUUUCGUAUUAACUCUACUGGGAGGAUCUCCAGUUAGAUUCUCUCCGGAUAGAACUAACUACCUCUUACUUCGAUUUUCACUCAUCUGGUGUAACGGCGAGUAGCUUCUUCAGGUUUGAACUGAUUCUCUCUAAUUAAACGGAUUUCUUCGGGUUCCUGAUGCGUCGUUUUGAUUGAGGUCUCAUCAAGGUGUGCAAUACAAAACACAAAUUUGACGUCGAGCAGAGCAAGAGCACGGCGCAAAAAUGUCUUCUGUUUCGAUGCGCAAACUCGCGCCGGGGGCCGCUGCGCUCCUGAUGGCCAAGCCCGCGGACGCUCUGCGUAUCAACAUCAAAAGCAACAAUCCCAAGCCCACCUAUUUAUGGGUCAGAUUAAUGUAAUUAGAAAAAUGCAAACUCAUCCAAUCUACAGCACGAAACGAAUACAAACUUGACCUAUUCGAGAUUUUGUUACCAAUGUAUGAAUUCAGCGGUUCGUAAGUAAUUGUUUGUCCUCCAAUAGAUCAUCUGACUUCUCAUCGUAACCCAUCACCAUGCUAGAUUCUUCAAGAACAAGUUGAAGAAGAAGGUGGAGCGAAAAUUGAUAGCACAUGCUUGCUUAAUAAUUUUCAUGGCAAGUAGCACCUCACAUCAUGAAUUUAGAAAGAUUCUGUGCCGGAGCACCAGAUGACGUGAGUCGCUUGCUCCUGAAUAAUAGCGUAUCACUAGACAUUGCUGUAUGCAGUCGCAACGUGAGUACCUAAAUCUUACUACGAGCCUAUUGAUUUUGAUCACAAGUCACUAGGGUUGCGACUCUUUGAGCUGUAGGACUUCUAAUAUUUGAUGUCACGGGUAAUGAGGAGGAACGUGCCGAAAUCUUUCGGGUGACGCAACUCCUGGCUACUACUCCGGACACGGUUGAACGCAUUAUGGCCCUUUUUAAUCAGCGAUCUCCAAGUAAGUACAAGUAUGAGAGGAAGACGUCUAUUUAUUUGAGUUUUUCCUUUCGUAGCAUAAACAAAGACGACAAAGGGAAACCUACCUCGAACACACGACCCAUUUGAUAUGUGGUUGCGGUAGCGCUUCUCAGAUGUUUGAUGUCGUGUGUUUCGAUGCCUAGCCUUGAAGGCUCUUCGAAACGAAUUAUUUAGAUAUAGAUUGAUUAAGUAACUUCCUUCCAUAGAAGGCAUGACUGGGCAUAGUCGUGAAGCGAUGUCCACAUGCCCAGUUACCGACACCUGACCUAGGAGGCAUCACGUAUCGACUUUUCCAUUACUAGCUUUUCAGUGCUCGAGACGUGGAUGCUACAAAACUUGAUUGCAUCGUGAUGCCUUUCAUUUUCUAUUUUUUGUAUAAGUUAAAGCUAAAGGUUGUGUAGACUCUAGGACCAGCGACGCUCAGAGCAUAUAGAUUUUCGCAAAAAAUAUUAUAUUAUAAUAACUUGUUACUUGUUUAACUUUUCAUUUUCUUUUCCUCUUUAUCUCCACUGAAGAUCUUAUUUGUUCCAUAAUCUGCAUACCUUCAGAAAUUUUGAAGACUCUAAGCUUGUGACAAAGUACUUCGGUCAAAAGAAGCCGUCUGCAAUCGAUUCUGCAGAAGCGAUGGAAGCCUACACUGCGAGUGAGAUUUGGAAUAACAUGCAGACUCACGGGAAAGCCAUCGCGUCGGCUCAAAUCGGAAAUCCUAAAACGCAAGCCAAGCCUCGCGCUGUGUGGGCCGCGUCGUCCUUCGCAGCCGCAGUCACGUAUAACGCGUGGACCGUGCCGCAAAUGCUUGCUGUCUCCAAGUCUAUGCAGGGCGAACAAAGAAAGAGGCUGGACACUCUGAAGUUGUGGUCUUCCAGCAGCACUACUUUUGCCAAGAACAAGAAAACGCCAGCAGCGUGGAACGACGUCGACCUUGAUACCGCCCUGACGACCAUCGCAACCGGCGUCGGAUGCGACGCUGCCAUGGUGAGCGAGGCGAUUGAAGUGCUCAAGUUUUUAAGGUUUAUUGUUGGCACCUUCUCAGGAACAAGAACAACUCGCAGUGCCUGCGUGGCCGUGUUUAAUUUGUAGCUUGAUAUUGAAUGCAGUAAAAGCUGAUGCGUAUUGUAGUAGACUUUCACAUAAAUAUUGAAACAUCAGUUGUACGAAUCAUGUAUGAGUAUGUUGGUUCAGCUGUCCUAGGCAUAUGCACUCAUAGACAAUCCUGCGAUUUCAAUUGAAAAAUCGCGACAAGGUGGUAGAUUCGAAGGGUAAGUAGACAUGUAGGUACUCACAAAAUCAUGAGUACGAACAAAUUGGUAUUGAUUCACAUAUUCAAACACAAGCACAACCUCAACAGUGCAUACAUGGAAUCCUAAGAUUCCCAGAAAGAUUGAGCAUGAGAGGGCUAGUCGUUUUAGGCGCUAACAGGUUACUUCCAUGACAUUCCUAUUACGCUGGAGGACGUGAGGGCUACUUUCGCCGGCGACCCGGUAGCCUUCCACAAGGUGAAAGAACUCUUCGUGUAUGUCAAAAAUGUCGCUCUGAACCUGAAAGGACAAAAGGCAAUCCUGCCUGGGAUGAUUGGAACCACAGUUGCCGCCAAAGAAAAGACCCAGGCGAAACUGGGCCUUCCCCCUUUUAUCUUGCGCCCCUGGUUGCAGAGCGACCAUUUGCCGGCGACAAUGCUGGCUAAGUUUUAAGGCUAGACACUCACUAUCAUUAUUGGUGGGAGGCACCCUGAGUGAUAUUCCUCUUGAAGGAAGGGCAAACCAAAGGGAAAGAAAUCAACUAAGUAACUCAACCACAGAUAGUGAGUGCCUAGCGUUAAAAGUUGCCGAAAGUGGGCGGCUUCGAGGAACAUCCCAUCGUGGAACUUUUCAACUGGAACGUGCUCGGGCGUGGUCUUGCGAAUAUGCAAAUGCCAAACAUCCCGGCCACGGAAGCUUUUAAGCCUGACCGCCCAAAGGAGCUGAUUGCGAAUGCACAGUCGGUUUUCCAGUUAGUUGCAUUCAGGAAGAAAGUGGAGCAGUUGAGUGCGCAUGUUCUACCCAAGGGUCUCAACGACAACAUGGGGGUUCACAUUUCAGUUCUUGCUUCUCAAGAGGACCUCUUCGUGCACAAAAUCAGCGACAAGGCUAAGCCUGACCAGGAAAUCGAGCUUGCGCAGGGGGCGUGGACGAAGGUCAUCAAGGAACACGGCUACAAGCAGGCAUUCGAUGUGAAAAAGUCCUGGCACAACGGUCUCCCGCCUGGUGCUAAGCGUGAGGCAUUCGCAAAGUUCACUUUGGAUAAUUCAGGUGGCUCGGUUGUUGCGAAGAACUUCUCUCCGAUGAAGGGCGCUGCUCCCAAGUCUGUUGAAACUCCCGAGUUUGACAAAGACGAAAAUGGAAAGGCGACCCAGGAAUACAUGAUGGGCAACACAGUGUACAUCAAGUUCAGCGACAGCUUCAAGAACUCAGCCUGCAAGCCGAAGGUGGUCAAUAGUGGCUGGAAUUCCCAAGAACACGAAAUGUAUCCGAACAAGAACAUUCCCUUUCGAUCAGUGGCGAUUGCUUUUGUCGUUUGCCAGGAUAUGGGCAUUGUUGCUGCUUUUGUAGUUGGCCACUUAGCGGGUGGCAAGUUCGAUGACAACGAAAUUUUCAAUGAGGUUUUGAAAGGCCACUACGUGCACCCGAGCGUCAAGCUGGAAGACCCUAAAGCAUCGCCUUGGGGUAAGGCCUACGCGCAGAUGACCGAUGACCAGAAGCAAGACCUUCCGCCCUCCGCAAAAGGCGAGGAAGGCUUCAAUCUGUACUAUCAAGGUGCGGGCGACUUGAUCCGAACGAUGGUGCAGGAAUUCAUUCGGCAAGUCUACGUCGCUGCGGACAACAAUGGCUUGAGUUAUGCCCAAAACAUUCCGAUCAUGAUGCCGAUGGACAUGAACGCGAAGCCGGAUAUGCCGUUCUUCGUGAAGCAUGUUUACGCUGCGUUUUCGAAAGAGUUGCAGGAGGCGAGCAUGAAAAUGGACGCGAAAGCUGCACUCCUCAAAGCCCAGGAAGUUGCGGUGACGCAGUUAAUUCCGGUUGCGGAACCAGCCGCCGAGCCAGCGUUACGGCUACAUAUACUUGAUAUUCAUACUACAGAUCAUAUUUAUAUAUAGCAUUGCUAACUCGAAGUCUCUGUAUCACGUGCCUACAGUACAAAGAGACUGUUUUUUCACUAUUUUGAAGUUCAAUGUGUACUUGUAGCUGUACCUCACUCACUUACUCAAUUUAUUUUUAUUAUUAUUUUCUUGCAGGGCCACUGGUUAUUGUUUAAAUUACUCAUGCAUCAUGCUCGCAUUUUGAAUUUUGUCCUUUCUUUUUGGGGCAGCAUUUAGGUUCACAAACUAGGCCUUAUCGUCUAGUGUAGUUCUUUGUUCCUUGUUUGUUGAUUCUUUUUUUAUUAAGCUCGCAUCAUGAUAUUGAUUUGUUUGUUUGUCUUUGUCCCAAAGGCAAGGCUUUUUCGUCUGGCGCUUGUCUGUAGGUAGUUGAAUUUAAAGUUAGUGAAAAUGUUUCGUAGUAGUUGUCGAAGUACGUGGAUAUCGAGAUCUCACGAGAAUUUUCUAUCUCUAACAAGAAAACCGCAGGAGCCAGCCGCACAGAAGGAAGGGUGCUGUGGUGAGAAGCCGUCCGCAGCCACAACCGAGGGACAGCAGCAGCAAGAGGAAGGCUGCUGCAGAUAA